UGAACAUCUCUGCUUCGUAAAAUAAGGCAAGUUAGGUAAAUGGACCUAAAUGGACUUCAAUAAGAACCUUCGUCCUUGACAACAAGUCCCCAACGAUUAUUACGAGGUGAUGAAACUCGCAUCGGCAGCCUGAUUCCCUCCCUCAUAUGGCAAUUUGUUCAAAACAUACACAGACUUUCCAGUUAAUUCACGGCUCCAAAGAGUAGAAAAACAUCCGAAGCGGCCUUUACAUUAUUACUGAACAUCAUCUUGCUCUUUAUCACAUUAGUUCAUUACCAUCACAAUAUUGCUGACAUAAGCGGUCACUCGACCCGAAUCUGUUAGCGCAAGGCUACCAUUAUGGCGUGGCAACAGCCUUCCAGGCUCUUCUAGAGGGGUAGAGUAGAAGGCUGACAUAUUCAUUCAAUUCAAGGGUACUUUUAGUCUGUGUCAAUAACCCCGAUUCCAAAACAAAGCAAGUUGUUCCUACGAGGGAAAAUGCAUUGUUACAAACUGAGAAGCCGGUGACUCUAAAAUUCAAUCAUGGAAGCGCCUGCCGAACUGACCUGGUCUGCGCCUUUCACUGUUGCCCCAGCGUCACAGAUUACGAAGAACUUGCCCGGCGAUAAGAUACUCCUACCACCUUCUGCUCUGGAGCAACUCCUCGCCGCUUCUCCAGCUGUUCCGACACCUCAUCACAAUGCUAUCCGCGCGGGCUUCGAUCCUUUCAACCCCUACUCUCUAGCUGCUGCCCGAGCAGAAGCAUCGCAAUGGCGCGAUACACAGCAGCAGCUACCUCACCCUCUGACCUUCCGGCUUGUCAACCCCAAGAAUGGCCGCAUUAUAUAUGCUGGUAUCCGAGAGUUUUCAGCUGAAGAGGGCCAGAUUGGGCUCAGUCCUUCCCUCUCUGACGCGCUUGGAGUUACAACAGAGGCGGUGGGAGGCGUCGAGGGAGAGCCGAUAGACCUCACGAACGAUAACGAGGUUGAAGGAGUGGAUAGGGUAAUGGUCCAUGCGAAGCAGCUCCCAAAGGGCACAUAUGUUCGCCUACGGCCGCUGGAAGCUGGUUAUAACCCCGAUGAUUGGAAAUCGCUCCUCGAGAGACACCUACGAGAGAACUACACGACACUUACGAAUGGCGAGGUACUCAAAAUACCAGACACGAGCAGGAGAGGACACACCUUCCAGUUUUUAAUUGAUAAAUUCGUCCCCGAAGGAGAUGCGAUAUGCGUGGUAGACACGGACCUAGAAGUCGAUAUAGAAGCUUUGAACGAAGAACAGGCCAGAGAGACCGUGAAGCAGAUCAUGGAAAAGGCACAGAGCGCUCCAGGAACGGCAGAAGGCAGCUCCUCUGGAUCCGUUCUGGAUAUAUGGACCCCAGUACAAGGUCAGGUCUUAGAGGGAGAAUAUGUGGACUAUGAGCUUCCUUCGUGGGACAAAUCCCGGGCGCUUGAAAUCGAAAUCACCCUAGAUGAAGAAGAGGAGGUAGACCUAUUCGUCAGCCCUCUAGCUCCCCGGCAGAGAGCAAGACCACGAGAGGAGGAGCAUGUUUUUGGGGAGUUUGAUAGCGAAACUUCUUCCAAAAAGAUACGUGUACGGCCCACGAAUGUCGAAUUAGAGGGGGCUGAAUCACUCUACAUAUCUGUCCAUGGAUACUGCCCUCCCGAGGGGUCUGAACCGGCUACGAAGCCAUCUCCUCGACGUUACAUAUUGAGAGCCCAAUCCGUCGAAGAUGGCACUCCAGACGCAUCUAAGGUGGACUUAACGACGGGCGAAGAUUCUCAUGACCCCGAGGAUGAGCAGUGCAAGAACUGCCACCAAUGGGUACCUAAACGCACAAUGAUGUUGCACGAGAACUUUUGUUUACGCAACAACAUUCUCUGCCAGCAAUGCCAAAGCGUCUUCAAGAAGAAUUCUCCAGAGUGGCAGUCCCACUGGCACUGUGAGCACGACUCUGCACAUGGGAAUUCCGCCGCCAGCCAAAUCAAACACAACCAUAUAUACCACAGCAGCGCCACUUGUCCUUCUUGCGACUACCAAGCUUCAUCCACUCCCGACCUUGCCCUCCACCGCACCACGCUCUGCCCCGGCAAACUUAUUCUCUGCCAAUUCUGCCACCUCUCUGUCCCUCAAGAAGGCGACCCAUCCGCGCCCUCCGCCGAUGCCCUCCUCUCGGGUCUCACCGCCCACGAGAUCGCCGACGGCGCCCGCACAACAAACUGCCACCUCUGCCAGGCCAUCGUGCGUCUUCGCGAUAUGACCACGCAUCUCAAGCACCACGACCUGAGCCGCAACUCGAAGCCGAUGCCGCGCAUAUGCCGCAACGUGAACUGCGGACGCACGCUGGACGGCGUCAGCAAGAACGGGCAGGUCGGCACGGCGGCGAGGGUCGGCCAGGGGCCAGGGAAUGAGCUUGGGCUGUGCAGCAUCUGCUUUGGGCCGUUGUAUGUUAGUAUGUACGACCCAGAGGGGAAGGCGAUGAAGAGGCGGAUUGAGAGGAGGUAUCUUUCGCAGCUUAUUACAGGGUGUGGGAAGACGUGGUGCGGGAAUGAGGUGUGUAAACAGGGGAGGGUCAAUCUGGGGAUCACGAAAGGUGGAGAGGUUGUCACUACGAAAGACGCACUGCCGGAAGUGAAGCCGCUGCUGGUGGACCUUGGAAGCGCGCCGAUGCACUUCUGUGUUGAUGAGAGGAGCCAGAAGUGCAAGAAGUUGGCGGAGAUGCUGGCUGGGGAGGGUGUUUACGAGUUAGAGUGGUGCAUUGCGGCGUGUGAGGCAGAGACUGGUGAGCUAGAUGCGGCCAGGCAGUGGUUGUCGAACUGGGCUCCGAAGAAGACGGAGACCUCGGCACGGUAGAGGAAGAGUAGCGAUAUUGGGUUUGGAUUAUCAGCAUAGGAUGGCAUUAUAGAAGAUUCACAUCAUGAGACUAGUUGGAAUAUACCACCUGGCGGCUCGGCCCUCAUACACUUCGUAGACUAUACACAUACU